CAUUACGCAGUUGGUCGCUCCCUGCUCCCUGCUCCCUGCUCACUGCUCCUCCAUCAUAGGUCGAUAAACUGUGACGUAUACGUACCAAGCAUUCCUCAUCUUCGAUUUCUCCUCUUCCACGUGGAAAACGCACAACCACGUUUCAAAAAAACAUGGUGCUUCCUUGUCCUCGGUCGUUUCACCAUCUCAUCCCCCAAAGUUCCCAAGAACGAGAAUCAGAAACACUGGUCUAUGACAGGGAGUACCCUCCGGUAAAUCCCGGCGGUAAAUCCCGGGUGAUCGAUGUGGUUUACCAUUGGGCUACCAUUGGACCUGCACUUUUCGAUCGACGGCGGAGUCGACCCAAGUUAAAGUACAUUCCAGCCAGUCCGCCUAAGCUUGUCGUCCCAAAAGGCCCCAAAAUUCUACCUCCACCUGGGCGGGGAAUCUUUGGGUCCGUGGUUAAUCCUCUUCCCAUGCGUCCGCGUCCUAUCAAUUCCAUUCAUUUCAUGAGGUCACUCCGGGGUCACUUUCUUCACUUUCCUUCCCUCCCGUGGCUCACUGGCCUCCCUACAUCUUCCAGGGAACCUUCACUCAACGGCUUUGUGGUCCUUCUAGACGUGUUGUCAGCCUAGACUAUUUCCCAAUUUUCGAUGGAGACUAUACCCAUAUCUUUAAUGAUCUAACCUCUAUAUGGUGAUCAACCCUUCAUUUUACCUCAUCGGAACGGGGGACCGUUAUACUACUGAGUCUAACCCACUGCUCAAUCUUCCUUCUCCCCCCCCCCCUCUCUCCCUCCCUCCCCACCUCUCCGGUCACUCCUGCUGCCACUGCCAGGUGCAAGAACAAUAUUAUUAAACUAACGGGUCAUCGAGGUCAACCUAGUGUCCAAAACCCGCUGCCCACUAAUACUUUUUGCAUAUAGCCUAA